AGUAGACCCGCCUGUUCCCUUCAUAUCCUGUUAUUCAGAAGGCUGUAUCCGCUUGGACUGUGAGUGCCUUUUGUCCUGGUGUGAGGGGGUGAUGCAUGUGGCCUCUGUCGGCAGCUCUGUCUCCAGCUGGGGCAGAACCAGGCCUAGCUCCUCCUUAGGCCCCCCUAGGAGUGAGGCGGUGAGAUGGCAGACUGCUACACGGAGCUGGAGAAGGCGGUCGUGGUCCUGGUGGAAAACUUCUACAAGUACGUGCCUAAACACAGCCUGGUCAAGAACAAGAUCAGCAAGAGCAGCUUCCGGAAGAUGCUUCAGAAAGAGCUCAACCAUAUGCUGACGGACACGGGGAACCGAAAGGCUGCCGACAAGCUCAUCCAGAACCUGGACGCCAACCACGAUGGGCGCAUCAGCUUCGAUGAGUACUGGACCUUGAUAGGCGGCAUCACCAGCCCCAUUGCCAACCUCAUCCGCCAGCAGGAACAGCAGGACCGCAGCUAGAAGACCCUCCCACCUUCCCUUCAUGGCGCCGCCUGCCACCCAGCCCCUGGUGCACUUCCCAGGCUCCCCUCGGCCUCCUCCGCCCACCCAGGCUCCCAUCCUCGCUUCUCCCUCCAGAUCUUCUGCUGGCCCUUGCUGAACAGGGCAAAGGGCCCCUUUGUGAUGUCCCAGUCUGGGGGUGACUCCCUAGGGGUCUUAGUCCCUGGAGCCAGCAGGCUCUGGGGCCCCCUCUGAGUUUUCAAUGCUGUUUGGGGAGUUCCACGAGUUUCCUCGCCUGCUUAGCCCAUCAACCCUUCCAGCGGCUGAUGUUCUGCCUGAUUUGGAGUCUCUCCUGACCUCUGGAGGUCAGCUUGCUGCUUGAGGUCUUCCUGCUCCUGGCGGCAGCAGCAGACCUUUCCCCUUUCUCUCACCCCCUUUGCUGGGGAGAAAAGAUUCCCAGGGACUUCCCUCCAGCUGCCUCUGGGUCAGGGGACAGCUGAGCAGAGCUGGGCCCCCACCUUCCUACUCACUGAAGCGAUGGCAGUGAGGCUGGAUUUGGAGUCUGUACCCCUCGCCCAGGCCCAUUGUGAUGCUCAUUAAAGCCUUUCCGCUCCCUGGAACCUCCUCAUUCCUUGGUGGUCUUUGCCCUGGGGCCUGAGGCAAGGGAGACUCUCACCAGAGAGAGAAGCCAGAAUGCCUGGGUCUGGCAGGUGCUGUUAGCCCUAGGCCAGGAGCAAUCCCCAUCUGGCUCAGUGAAGGGUCGAAAGCCAUGUGUCACCAUCCCUGGGCCCUCACAGCCCCCAUUCAGACUCCUGUUCCACUUCUGGGCACACAGUGUGUCCCACUGGGCCUCUUUCCGGUUCCAUAAGAGGGCAGCCACAGCCCUCAGCCUUGACUCAUCCUCAUCAACAGAUUCUUCUAAUACCCAGAGAAGUUUGUGGGAUGGGAAAGUAAGGGUGAAGGAAAGGGGUGUGGGAGGCCAGAGCUGACCUGCGGCGGGCGGGGUGGGGGGACAAUGCUGGCUUCUCCCUGUUCUUGCUCUGGGUGAGCCAGAACCCCGACCCUCCGGAAGGCCAGCAAUAAAGGCAGGAAACCCAGCCAGCAGGCUGCAGAUCGAGGGUGUUCCACCUGGGAUGGUGUGUUCCGAAAUUUCAGACUUUUCCGAAGAUGCACAAGCAGGCAGUUUUAUUGAAAUCCAUUUACAGAUCCUCAAGUUUUUCAGAUAACCUGCUCAGGACAGGCCUGUAGUCACGGCGGUGAGCGGUCCCCUUCCGCAACUCCCCUUUACAGUGACCCCUCCCCAGUUACCCUUUGCCUGUCCUGAGGGUCACUGCGCUACCCUAAGUGGGGAAGAGCUUGUUCACAUUUCUUGAGGGGGGGUCUCUAUAUAUAAUUGUGGUAAAGGGGCGCCUGGGUGGCUCAGUCGUUAAGCGUCUGCCUUCGGCUCAGGUCGUGAUCCCAGGGUCCUGGAAUCGAGCCCCGCAAUCGGCUCCCUGCUCCGCGGGAGGCCUGCUUCUCCCUCUCCUAUUCCCCCCGCUUGUGUUCCCUCUCUCGCUGUGUCUCUCUGUCAAAUAAAUAAAUAAAAUCUUUAAAAAUAAUAA